AUGAAAUCCAGUGGGACAGUUUGCGCUCCCCAAUUUGUGGGGAAAGACAAGAAUCCCCUCUCACCAACGCGACCAUCUGUGGUAUUUGCUUUAUUUUUUUUAUCCCCUCUUCUUUUUCAUAUCUAUUCUCUCACUUUGCUCUUUUUAUUUUCUUCACUUUUUUUAUUUUAUUUUCAUCCAUUUUUAUUUUCUGUUCUUCCCUUUUUAUUUUAUUUUCAUCCAUUUUUAUUUUCUGUUCUUCCCUUUUUAUUUUAUUUUCAUCCAUUUUUAUUUUCUGUUCUUCCCUUUUUAUUUUAUUUUCUUCCAUUUUUAUCUUCUCUUCUUCCUUUUUUAUUUUUCCUUCUUCCUUUUUUUAAAUUUUCUCCUCUCACCUUUUCUCUUUUCCUUAAAUUUUCUUUGUCUGUCUUCGAUUAUUUAUAUCAAUUUGUUUGUUUAAAGUCACGCAUUCUUUCUUUUCACCUUUUCUCAUUAUUUCUGCGUUCUUUUCCUCUCACAUUUCUCUCGCAUUUCUUCCUCCCUUACUCUCUAUGUUAUCCUACAAAUUUUACUUUUUUCCUCUGUGACGUGCAUAUUCCACUCACUUUCACAUUCUCUCCUCCUCCACCAUCUCUUUCUUCGAUUACUCACCAACUUCUCCCUAGUCGUCUCUGUUUCUUUCCUCUCCAUUUGCCUUCACUUUCCCUGUGUAUAAAACAGAUCCGUUUUAAAUUGCAUUGGGCAACAUUUCACAGCCGUUCUUAUACAGUGACAGGACACGAAAACGGCAUUAAAUGA